GCUGAAUAGUUUUGCACUACUAUAUAUCCUCGCUGCCAUACCCAUGCGCAAAUAACUCUAUCUGCCCCAGCUUCACUGCUUCAGCAUAGCUUUCAAGAAUACCUCUCAGUCUCAGCUCCCACCAUCCUACCAGACAUGGAAGAGUUGAGACAAGCAGCUGAAGAUUACUAUAGAAAUGCCUCGGUGGAGUAUAAGCAAGGGUUUGUAGAUAGUGGAGAAUCCUUUGUGGAGUUCUACGUACGUGAGACUAAAAGAAGCAUCCGCCAUUGUGAUGCUUGUCGGACACUUCUCCCUGGUUACUAUUUCUGUUGUGUGGAUUGUGAGCGGAACAAUACUAGCUUCAGUCUCUGUAUCAACUGUUUUGAUAAAAGGAAAUUCCAACACCAACACGACUCCUUCGCCGAUAAUCACAGCAUACUAACCAUGCAUAACAAGGGCAGUAGCUUGCCUCCCUGUGUUAUUGAAAAGAAGCGGGAAGGAGAAGUCGUUCAGGAGUUACAACCUCCUGUCCAACAAGCAAAAGAAUUGGUUAGCAUGAGUACUGGAAGGGGAAAACGCAAGGCGCUAGAUCAACUCGCAAGAGAAUACUACACAAGAGCUCGUACAGAGACGAAUGUAUUGGAGGAGAAAACUAUUGUGGCUAAAGAAGGGAUGAAAAAGUUGGCACUAAUCGCAGACGCUCAUUACAAUGCCGCCCCCCAGGCAAUUAAGAAUAUGGCAGAUGAGUUCUUUUGGAGUAUGGUGAAGAAAGGGAACUGCAGUGUAAAGCAAGACGAUUUCUUAGCAUCCAUGAAAAAAAAGGGUUACACAGAAUACGCUAAACCCGAAUUCUUCCAAUCGCUACUCAAGGAUGGAAACCAGGAUUUGAGCAUUUUUGAAGGGAGGACUCUAUUCUACAUUCUUGUUAGUAGAAGACCAUUCUGCAGCUGGUGCAAUUGCUUCAUACCUGACAUAUUCUUCUGCUGCUCCAAGUGCCCCGGUAGCACUUACUCUCUCUGCCUCCAUUGCUACACCGCCAAAGCAUAUGUUCGUCAUAAUCACUAUGGGGACCACGACGCCUUCUUCUUGGAUUACACCGUGCUGCAUAACUGCAUCCAAACUUCGCCCACCAAGCCAAAGAAACAAAAGACCGGUCUUAAAAUUGGCAAGCUAGUAAAAUUUGCAUCCACAUAUGCAUCAAAGGAUACAUUGAGUACGAUUACGGCAAUACUUGGCGCGUGGGCGGCGAGUCUGACUAUUGCUAGUGCUUGUUGCACCAUCAUGUGAUCAAAGAAUUGUGCAGUGGCAUCAUAUCAUGUCGUAGUUAUAUAUGCCUUUAAUUUCACGUGCGUUUAGGUUUUCAUUCUCGUCUAUUGGACAAUAAAUGCAAUAAUAUAAUGUAGCUUGUAUAAUAAAUAAAUAUUGUAAUUUAUACCUAUAAUCUAUAUAUACAAGUCAUAUGUACCUUUGUGAGGUUCUUA